CAGGGGAGAGGGCCGGGGGGUGAUCCCAAGAGUCUCGAGUGCCCAGGCCGGUCCUUUGACCGAGGGUGACGCGCCUCUUCGCCGGUGUGAUGAAAGAGCCACCUCUUCCCUGUCCUGAGAGACCAGGCCCGCGGGCCAAGGAUCAUUGUGAUUAUCUGCUGGAUUCUAUUGAUGCUCAACUCAACCAGCUACAGGCUCAGGUACACAAUGCAGAAAUCAAGGGCAGCAGUGACAAUGAGAUGGCUUCCUUCAAUGGAUCCAAAGGCAUCUCCAAUCUUGCAGAUCUGGGAGGAUGCCCUGUGAACAGGAAUGUUGACGCAUCUUCAGAGAAAGACCUGUUCUCUUUGAGGGAGGAAUACACCUGGCGUCUGUCACAUCUGCUUGACUUAGAGGGCAAGCCAGACGAUCAGAGCCAGUCAGACUCUGUCCGCACAGAGGACUUUGCUGCCAAGUUUAAAAAGGGCCUGGUGGACCCACUGCUGAAAUCUGACGGGGAGGAGGAUGUGUUUGCUGGUAGAAUCCUGCCCUCUGGCUUAGGACCGCUUGAGUGCUCUGCUAGAGACUGGGCUGAGAAGGUUGACCCUUCUCAACUUUGGGAGGACCCUGAAGUUGUAGCAGAUUUAUGUUCAACAAGAAAGCAGCCAUUGAAGAAGGCAUCUGAGGAGGAAUUGGAACAGGUUUCAGCUCUUGAUUCCAAAGACCCUCCAUCCCUGGUUCUUCAGAGCAGGGUAAGGAGCCUGGAGUCUCUGGGAGGAAAAAUCUCCUCAUUUUGCAAAGAGUCCUCCAACGACAUCACCAAUACCGCAAGGGACCAUUCAGCACGGGAAAGGAUUCUGUUUUACAGGCCCCUUGGCUUGGAGGAGAAGUUGACGGGCUUGGAAAUGGGAGUCUCUGGGGAAACUGCCUUUGGGGGAACUCAACAGAGAAGAGAUGGUUUGGAGGACUCUUUCGAGCAGAUUCAAGAUGCUCGUGAAAACUCCAUCAGCCCGUUUAUCAUUGAAGAUUUGAGCCCUUCCCUCCAAACUGCCCAGGGAACAGCUCUCGGAAUGAGUAUGUCGGAUGCUGGAGCCUCACCAAGGAAGGUGGGACAGAGCUGCCAGGGGGAGAGGCAACAUGACUGCCCAAGGGACUUGUCUGACAUUGCCUGCCUGUGCCCCAUUAACGUUCCUCAUAAAAGGUGUGUGCUUGUUUCCAGUGGAGAGGUCAGAGGUGGUUUCAGCUCACCUGGGUGUAUGGAUCCAUUGAUUACCUUUGAUAUUGGCAAGAGGCAGAGGCCAGCUCCAUCGAGGCUUAAAACUAGCACCUGUGGAACAAAUGCCCCAGGGGAUUUUCAGCAACCUCUAGGCCUGGGCUGUGAGGGCCGUGCGAAACAGAACAGAACCACGAUUGCCUGCACAGAAAGGCAUGGUGAAGCACUAGAACGGAUGGCAUAUGGCGACUUGAGUGCUGAGUGCCACAAGCCCCAGUGUGGGCUGAACUCGGGCUGCAGAGGCAGAUAUGUGGCAGGCCACAGCACUGAGAAGCCCCACUCGCCACAGAGUGUCUCGGGGAGAAAUGUAGGUUCCAGUGAUACAGGCAUUAAGGAGGAGGAACAAAAGGAGGCGUCUGAGUUAUUGUGUCAAAGCAGCAGCCCCAGAAGGUGGACUCCAAGGGAAACGGAAGAUCUUGGCUGGAAAAGAACUAAGAGGGAAGCAUGCAGCAGCUGUAAGGACUUGAAAUUGGAAGAAGAAAAGCUGUUGCAGAAAAAGUCCGAGAUCCGGCAGGCUGAUGUAACCCUACACAAUGUCCUCCAAGAGAAAAAGCAUGUGGCUUUGGAACUGGGGGCCUUGCACAAGACCCUGGAAGAGAGCUAUAAGGAAGCAAAGAGGCUGGACUUGUGCCUGAAACAGCAUCAAACCAAAGUGGAGGAGGCAAGGUAUUGGAGGUGGGGGAGCCUUGCUCUGGCUGAUGUCAGAUGGGUGGCAUAG